CUCAUUAUGGCUUUUUUUUCACCUUUCUUUAACCUCUCCGAAACAUCAGCUUUAAUGUUCUGAAAACAUCAGCAACUGAAAUUUAGGGUAUUGUUUUGUCACGGUUAUCCUGCCUUAACUCUUAUCUUUUACGAGUCUUAUCUAUAAUAGUUAUCUCAUAGCAGCAAAGAGAUAUUACAUGGUGUUUCCUAUCUAUAUCGUCGUGUGUAUGUGUAUGUGGGAGGGGGGUUGUAGUUAUGGAGAAGCUUUCAAGGGGGACCUUAUCUUUGCCACAAGGAACUUCGUAAUUACUUCGGUUUACAAGUCUGCGUGUUGUAUGUUUAUACACGAGCUGUUACUAUUUGUGUGUAGAGGCUGUUUAUUUUAUUUUCACGUGGAAGUGGUUGUCAAAACGAAGUCCGUUUGUUAAACAUGUGUAACAAAAAUAUUCCAUGUAUAGGUAAUAUACAAAUCGAGUUGUCGCAAUUUCAAAAUGAAAGUGAGCAGUACCUCGAGAGGCUCUAUAAACAGUGGUGUUGGCUGGCACUGAUGUCUCCGAAAGAUGAUACCCUCUCAGUUUUCACAAACCUCACUCUAGAUCAGAACCUGGAUGGACCUCAGUGAACCCAGCUGGUCCAUGGUUAAGCGGCUAUCGUCUAGCAGCCCAGGGUCGUCUCCGGCUGAACCAAAUUACCUUAGUAGUGACAGAAGAUACAGACCUGCGUCUGCAUCAGAAGAGCUGAGGUCACCAUCAGCUACUAAUCUUGACACUGAAGAAAACCAACCAACAGAGGGCAGGUCACUACACUCCUACGUUAAUUCUGGACAUCGCAUCAGCCUACCGAGUUCGGAGGACGUAACACUCUUCACGGAUUUAGACCAGGGCAACAAGCUUAUUAUUUCCAGUGGGAAAUUCAAAGGGAGCUUAGUGGUUGACCCCAGUGACAUGUACCAAACCUUAGCCAUGGCUGGGGCCCAGGGGCCAGCAGGAUACGACACGUCUGCCAGUAGCUUUAUGCACUCCACAACAACUUCCCCAGUUUACGUACCGACAACCAGGGUUGGACCCAUGAUCCCCGGCAUCCCGUACCUGCAAGGGAGCGGGGCUUCACAGCCAAGCCACGCAGUCAGCAACCACUCUGUGUGGUCCCAGCCUGCCUCCGAGAGCCCAUCCUACAGCACGGGUAGCCCCCACGCCUCUAACCGUUUCCACUACUCUCCAAGUCCGCCAGUGAAUAACGGAGCAUCCAGGGAUGGCAACUACAGCAACACUCUGAAUGUCAACGGGAGAGACCAGUAUAGUCCACUGGCCAGACCUCUAAAUGGAUCUUACCCAAGCCCAUAUUCACCUUACGUGGGAUCGCAACUUACAACAGCCUGGCCAACUGGACCCUUUGACAACACUAUGCUUCAUACAUUACAAAACAGAGGGGCACCCAUACCUAUUCGAGCACCAAAUGGAGAUAUACUGGAUGAUUUAGGUGAGAGCAGAGAAUGUGUUAACUGUGGCUCCAUCUCUACGCCCCUGUGGAGACGAGAUGGCACGGGGCACUAUCUCUGUAACGCUUGUGGGCUGUACAGCAAGAUGAACGGGCUCAGCAGACCGCUUAUUAAACCACAAAAACGAAUGUCUUCAUCAAGGCGGAUCGGCCUGUCCUGUGCGAACUGUCACACCAGUACCACCACAUUGUGGCGCAGGAAUGCAGAAGGGGAACCAGUGUGUAAUGCUUGUGGACUCUACACCAAAUUGCACGGGGUACCUAGGCCGCUUGCAAUGAAGAAAGAAGGAAUCCAGACGAGGAAAAGAAAACCCAAGAACCUUAAUAAACCUAAGGCCCCCUCUGGCAGCAGCAAUCCUGUUCCCAUGACUCCAACCUCCUCGUCUUCAUCGAACUCUGAGGACUGUACGAAGACUGGCUCUCCAUCCGCACAAGUGCCAGUGUCUGGGAUCAAUUCCUCAGCAAUGUCGGGCCAAGGAGAUAGCACCAACGCUGGAAGCACUGCACUGAACUAUUCAGGUCAAGAGGGCCUCUACGCGGGAGUCAAUCUGACCUCCACGGCUGAAGUCGCCACCUCGGUCCGAGGGGAGACGUGGUGUGGUCUGGCACUGGCCUGACCCUCCCUGUAAAUAAAGAUUGAUGCUAGCUUCAGAUGUUUCAUCGCUGAUGCAACAAUGGUAUCAUCAAAGCAGCAACACUGCUUUACAAGGAGGCAGGACGUUACGUGGGAGUGUUUUUCUUUUAUUUUCCCAUGGGCUUGAAGAGGUGCUGGACUAGAAGAACUCUGCCUUCUUCCCUGGUAUUUGUCCUCUGCAAGAAUUUAAAAACAGAACAGACUCGGCAGGGUUAGGGUUAUAUGGACAGAGGAGAAGUUACACCUUUAAAGUUAACAGAAUCAAGCUUGUCACUUUUCCAGUGACUUUCAAAGAAAAAAAAAAACAUUUCUAAAGCCCAGUCACGCUGCCUUUUUAAAAUGUUAUUAUUAUUAUUUGAUCUGCAAUGGGUACUUUCAGAAUGAGCUCCACAGUCUCUAUUGAAACCACUGCAGCCAUUGUAUUUAACUACACACAUUGCUGAACACUGUUUUGACAGGAUGAGGUUAACUGGAUUCAUCAGCUUUUCUUCCAAUACAAUCAAGCACACUAUGGUACAAUAAAUGGAGUGCCUUUGCUGACAGCUGGAAAAGAAAAACACUAAAUGCAAAGUGAUUAUCUGAAUGAAAACUGAAAUAUUUCUUUACCUUUCAAUUGGGAAUUAUGAUUUUCCUUUUUUUAAAUUUAUUUAUUUUUUAGCUUCAAUAAUAAAAACGCACACACGCACACGCACAUACACACACACACACAUACACACACACACACACACACACACACACAAUGUGCUAGUAGUGCAAAACGUAACAGUUUGGUAUGUGCUCUGUUUUAAUUUAUGCAUACCUAAUGAUUAUUGUUCUUUGGAGUACAUUUCAUUUAUAAUGAAGCUGCACAGCAUUGUCUUUACUUUUUGUUUCUGGAAGUUCCUAUUGUAGUCUGAUUGAGAUGUCAUGGUUUUAAACAGGGUAGCAAACAGAUAAGUCCUUGACUUCCACAUGUUCAAGUGCAAUUUGUGUUGCAGCAAUCAGUGUUAAAUCAAAUGUUUCAGAUUUAACCAUUUAUUAUGCAAUGAAUGUAAACAAAUAUUUGAUCUUAAUGGUACUUAUCUAAUUUAAAAUCGUUUGCCAGGCAUCAUUAGCAGUUGAUAUUUUCAACGGUUUAAAAGAUGUCCCAAUCUUAGUUUUAAAAAAACAAAUUAAAUCCAAUAAUCUCUUUUUAGAACAAAUUUCACUCAGGAAAAUUUUACUGAUGGAUUUUUUUUUGUAAAAGAGCAUUGCAGCAAUAUUUUCUGGAAAGGAAUAAUGCUGAAUCUUGACUACCUAAGUGAUACAUAUGUAAAUACUCCAAGACUUAUUUGUCUUUCAAGUUUUAUGAUACAGUUUGUAAAGUAGGUGUAUGUAUAGAUUGGUUGACAUAACCCUUUUUUUUUUUUUUUUUUUUUUUUUUAGAUGAGAUGCCUUUGCCAUAUUGUUAUUUGUUCAAUAAAACUAAUUAAAAACGUUAUGUAAUUUCUUAAAAGAA